CGCUUCAUAUUCGCCAGGCGUGUCCGCCUCCAUAGCUUUCUCCCUAGUCUACGGUCUCUUUUCCGUUCAGAAAUCCAAGAUGGCUCGCGGACCCAAAAAGCACUUGAAGCGUUUAAACGCGCCUAAGGCAUGGAUGUUGGACAAGUUGGGAGGUGUCUAUGCACCCCGGCCAUCAACAGGGCCCCACAAGCUACGCGAGUCUCUUCCACUCGUUAUUUUUCUUCGUAACAGGCUAAAGUAUGCCCUCACUAAUUGCGAGGUGAAGAAAAUCGUUAUGCAACGCCUUAUCAAAGUUGAUGGCAAAGUUAGGACUGACCCCAACUAUCCAUCCGGCUUCAUGGAUGUUGUGACUAUUGAAAAGACUGGUGAAUUUUUCCGCCUGAUCUAUGAUGUUAAGGGACGUUUUACCAUUCACAGAAUUUCCGCCGAGGAAGCUAAGUACAAGCUCUGCAAAGUCAAGCGUGUACAAACUGGACCCAAAGGAAUUCCAUUCCUUGUUACCCAUGAUGGUAGAACAUUGCGUUACCCAGACCCUGUAAUCAAGGUGAAUGACACCAUUCAGCUGGACAUUGCAACAGGAAAAAUAAUCGACUCUAUUCGAUUUGACUCUGGCAACUUGUGCAUGAUCACGGGCGGAAGAAAUUUGGGUCGUGUUGGCAGUGUCGUGAGCCGUGAGCGUCAUCCUGGAUCCUUUGACAUCUGCCAUAUCAAAGAUUCACAAGGACACACUUUUGCCACCAGACUUAACAACGUGUUCAUUAUUGGCAAAGGAUCUAAAGCAUACGUUAGCUUGCCAAGAGGCAAGGGUGUCAAGUUGUCCAUCGCCGAAGAACGUGACAAGAGGCUGGCUGCCAAGGGUGGAAACUAAUGUAAACUUUCAAACAAAAAUCAAUAAACUAAGUGAUUUAUCUUGGUGAAA